AUGUUACGCCUUAGACCAUCAGAGAUCACCCUAACACAGGCUGAUGUUGACGAAACCCGCCGUCGUAUGGCACGAAGACGAGCCAUGGUGCCGCAUAGGGGUUCCGUAGCAUCAGACCCAUUGAUGAAUCGUCAGAGACCAGUCCAUCUAGGUAAUCAUGCAGUAGUACGCCUUGGAGAGAUUCCUUUGCUCUGUCCUCGCCAGGUGGACGCCUCUCCUACGUCCAGUGCAUUAGCAAGAACAUCGAUUAGUGCCGACAUUGUUGAAGAACACCAGCCCAAUGUUGACGACCCAUCGACCAGAAUAUCUGGCCCUUCCACUGUUACAACAUCUACGCAAGAGGAGUCACAGUUAGGAACUGACUUGCUGUCACCCAUCCGGAAUUUGCAAUUACAACCUUUCUCUCUGGAUGUCCCAAGGGAGAGCGACACACCUUCUCCACAGCCAGAAGAGGCCUCCAGCCACAGUAACGGUCUCGAGGAGUUCAAUGGAGUCACUCCUUCGUCUCAAAUACAUGAUUCCAUCGACGGAUCAGUAGAAGACUCCUUCACCACAGCGCACUCUGCGUCGAUCAGUCAAGAGAUAAAUAGACAAGAUGGCACAAUCUCGGCCAGUGACUGUCAUCCAGUGGAUAUUGUAUCAUCACACCAUAACCAGUCUGGCAUAUGUGUCUCUCCACACCAUCGCACAUUCAGAAGCAUCCCCCCUCUGCCACAUACGGAACCUCGACGCCGACCAGGGCGUUGGAAUUUGCCAAAACGACCUAUCUCUUCUGGUAGCGAACCUUCUACGUUUCUAGCGACGACAUCAUUGGGCCAAUCUUCCUCGAUUUCGGUGGAUUAUGCAUCUUAUAACCCAGACGUCCACUCUAGAAAUUUCCAACAUGAUGAGAGGAAUAGUUCAACAUUCCAAUCCGGCUCUCGUGCAACUUUUGAUGAACGACUUCAAAGAGCCCACCGACGAAUCGAGUCUAUUGAGGGACGUUAUCAAUUGUUCUUUCACAGGCGAAGAAGAAAUGUAAAGCAUGACAAUCAUGACCAUAGUGCCAAACAACGCGGCCUUGAGGCUAUUCAAAGAGUCAGCGGAGCGUCGAUCUCAAGCCGGCCAUACUCCUAUUAUGAGCUUCCUAGUUCACAGCAUUCAAGCGGCAGUUUCUCCCAAGAUGGAGAACCAUCGAUCAUUCCUCAAUACGACGGUGCAGCAGAAUCAAUGUAUUCCGUGUUGUCUCCAAGGGCAUCACCCGACUCACCAAUUGCUUCGAGCAAGUCUGCUCCCUCACCGUUACCGGAAACACCUUACGCGCGAGUCAAGGAGGCCCUUACAAAUCCCCAGAUAUCCGUGAUAACGGCGAGCAGAGAGUCAUCUACUGCAACAGAUUCCGAUGCCGCAAGUGCUGCGAUUCAAGACCUUCCCUCUCCACUGGAUUUGCUUGAGCAUGCAGCCACUUCUCAGUUUCUUCAAUUUUCCCAAGUCAUACAAAUGAAUGAUACCCGGGAUACAUCGAACAGCCAUGCAACUCUGUUAGAUCAACUAAAUGAAGAAUCAGAAGAUCUAGGACUCCAUAAUGGCGUCAAUUCUAAUGGUCAGCGCACAUUACCCGAAGCUGGAAACAACACACAGUACCAGCCGUUUGUGACACGCGGGGGCAACGAGCCACCACGACGAACGGCGCGCCAGGUACCUUCGGGUUCCAUCAUCCAGCCCCGCCGUAGAGCAGUUCCUAGUAUAAGGGUAGAUCAGCGGUCCAGCGAGAAUGCACCACUUGGAUUUUCCUCACGAGAGGAUCACCAUAUAGCUCGCGACCCCUCUCAAACGUUUGGCAUCAACGAUCCUCUAUCCGGUGCCAGGAAUACAAUGCGGCAAAGUGCAAUGCCUUCGCAGAUAUCUCUGCAACAAGCCACAUUACUCCGAAACCCUAGAGACAACUCCAGUAGAUCGCUCAUCUGGCCGGAUACUCGCGGCCGACGGGCACGAACAUCGUAUAACUUUGAACACAGUGAUAGACACUAUGGUGAUCGACACUACAGUGGAAGUCCACGCUCCAUGCGUAGGUCGACCAGGGAUUUUCCGUAUCCUGAUCCAGUAUUUGGGGGCCCAGAACCGUUUGUGGAAGAUUUUCAACCCCCUAACCAAUAUGCGUACAACACUCGAAACGGAUAUCAGCGCCGCGCAUCAGGUGCUCUGAUCCUUCCAGAAGCACAGCAAAGGCGCCAGCAAAGGCCUUUAUCGCACAGCAGGGCUUUUGAUCAUUUUCGAACGCACCGUGGUAGCUAUUCGGCAUCCGCAGAGGGUGGUAGGAGGCCAGACAUACCGAUGCGCGUAGCAUCACGGCAUCAGGUCUCCGCCCAGCAAUCCAAUCAGGAAAACUCGGGCGAAGCUGAAGCAAUAUUGAUGAGAAACGAAAUGGCCACAGCAGGCAUGCGAUAUAGUAACCUCGGAGGCCAGUCAGAUACUAUGGACGACACGCCACCACGUAUAGGUCGAUUCGAACAGCGCAUGCUUGGAAACUAG